AUGGCAGACGAAGAAGAAGAUGAAGACGGAGCAGGACAAGUAACUGCAGAUGUGACAUUCAAAAGAGAAGUCUUCUAUGUUAUUUUAGACCAAGUGAUUGAAGACCUAACUGAGCGCUUUAAAUCUAUGCAAGAGCUUUGUGAAAGCUUUUCCGUCCUUUGGGAAAUACGCUUUAUGUUAAACGAUGAAAUUGAAAAACGAGCAACUAAUCUGGUGGACAAGUAUUCUACAGAUCUGCAGUAUGAGCUUGUGGACUUGAAAACCGUUUACGUUGCAAAUUUCGGCGAAGAAGCUCUACAACCUUUAGAACUACUGAAUGCUCUUCAAAAAACGAAUCUUGCUUGUUUGUUUCCUAAUUUGUGCAUUGCUCUCCGCUUCUUCCUAACAAUUCCCGCAACAGUGGCUAGUGCUGAGAGGUCAUUUUCUACUCUGAAGCGAGUUAAGAGUGUUCUGCGUUCCACCAUGUCUCAGGAUAGGCUAUCCAGCCUGGGUGUGUUGGCUGUGGAAGCUGAACUCGCGAGACAAGUCAACAUGAAAAGUUUAAUUAAUGAUUUUGCUUCAAAAAGGCCAGAAAAUGCAAUAUUUGAAUAA